CGCAGCCAACUUUAACUUAGAAAAACGGAAUUUGAAGAAAGGAUAGUGAAAAAGACGCACUGCGAUACCGAAUUGGAAAAUUUUGUGGGAAAACCAGCCCCGAUCUUCGAAAAAUUAAACAGAAAAGCUGUUCGAAGGCACACGCUUUUCAAAAAUAAAAGAAAAACCUUGUGUUUUUUUCAAAGCACGUUUAUCCCCAACAAAGCAAGCGACGCAGCAGCGGCAAAAUCAAAAUCGCUACCAACGAGACCAUCACUAUGUCCGAGGCGGGCGAGUAUUCUGUGGAACGCAUUGAGGACAAGCGUAUUUGCAAUGGCAGAACCGAGUACUUCUUAAAAUGGAAAGGAUACCCGCGCAGCGAAAAUUCUUGGGAACCUGUAGAGAACCUUGACUGCCCCGAUUUGAUCGCCGCAUUUGAGGAGUCUUUGAAAACAAAAAAAGAGGGCAAGAAACGAGCCGCCACUACGCCAGUGAACGACACAAAAGUCAAGCGAAAAACUGUCGAAGAGGAGCGAGACAACCGCCGCACAAUGGGCUUCGACAGAGGUCUGGAGCCAUCAAAAAUUCUUGGAGCUACCGAUUCAUCAGGUGAGCUGAUGUUCCUCAUGAAAUGGAAGGGCAGCGAUGAAGCCGAUUUGGUGCCGGCUAAACAAGCCAACGUAAAAUGCCCACAAAUAGUCAUACAGUUCUAUGAGGAGCGUCUCACUUGGCACACGGCCAAUGCAGAGGAGGAUAAAAAUUCCACUAGCAAAGAACCGACCGAGUAAGACACUAGUGUAAGAACAUUUUAAGUGCAAACAGACAACAAGAAAAAAUAUAUGAAUUGCAAAAUCAAAUAAAUAUAUUGGUACUGCAAUGAAUCUAAUCAGCUUACACAGUAACUGAAAAUUGCAAUACAUGAAUAAUUGGCGCGUAAGCGCGGGAUAAUCUAUACAGACCAGAUGUAGUGUUAAAAUAUAAAUAAGAUCGUUUUUAUUCAACGAAAUAAUGAAAACGUGCAAGUUGCAAUUCAACUAAAUACAUAUGCAUACAUACAUACUUUAUGUAGUAAUUUCUUGAUUUUUACCGAAACGAACUCUUAGUAACACAAUACUUUCUAAUAUUGCUAAUAUUGAAGCAUAAAUAAAUUGAGUUGUUGGCACUUUGACUUUUUUUCUACUUUUUUUAUGAUGAUAACCUGCAGAAAUAUGGUUUGAAAAACCAACAGUUAUGAAUACAUGCGAAAAUAUAUCCAUGAAGCAUUACAUUUAAAAUUAAAUUAAUUUAAAUCCUAAAAAUAAAGUUCAGUUUGUAAGGACCUAAAACAUGAAGUGAGAAUAAGAUUAAUCACAUGAAGAAAAGUCCAAUCUAAAUAUUACAAAUUAAUAAAAUUACAUAGUUUUAAACAA